AGAGGCAACAGGUCUGGGUUGGUGUCCCGGCAUCUCAACGUAGGGAUUGUGUGACGAGGCAGCAGAGAUGGUGGAGACUCGAGAAGAGGCUGGGAUGGCUGCUGUCCACCCAGCACCCCAGAGCUUACAGGGACCACUUGAUCAACACUCCAAUGACAAAGAGGAUUCUCAGAAAGCAGAGGAAAAAAAAUUAAAACCUGGGGCCACAGUGGAGGUAGACAUUAAAGAUAAAGAAGAGACGACAAAAACUACAGAUGUUACAAAUGAAUUGGAAACAAUAAAAGGAACAAGUGAGGUAGUGGAACAAAGAGAGGAAGAAGUAUCCACUUGCGAGGAAGUGGAUGCUGCAGUACAGGCAGCACUGAGGGUGGACAGGAGGGUUGUGUCUGAAGUUGAAGAUGGGGCUCUUCCACAAGAAUUGGCUGCUGAAGCAGAGUGGGACCUCCACGAAAAACCAGAGUGGGUUGACCGGGAUGUACAAGCACUAAGGGAGAUGGUUGAAGCAGAGCCAGGAUUACGCUCACGCCUAGACAAGCCAUUCCUGCUUGCUUUCUUGAGAGCACGGAAGUUUGACUAUGAUAAGGCAAUGGCUAUGAUACGCAGUUAUUAUCGAGCACGACAGGAGAAUGCUGAUAUGUACAUUGAAUUAUACCCUUCUGCACUGGAGCAUGUGUGGCCUCUGCAGAUGCAAACUGUUCUCCCAACACCUGACCGCCUUGGAAGGACUGUGAUAAUCUUUAGGACAGGAGCUUGGCUGCCAGAGGCUUGUGGCCUAGAUGAUGUAUUUCGGUCGCAGGUUGUACUACUGGAACAUGUGGUGAGGCUACCAGUCACACAGCUUCGCGGCAUUGCAGCUAUUGUGGAUUGUUCAGGGCUAUCCAUGACUCAUGCUUACUACCUUACACCUACUCAUAUAAGACGGAUGAUAUCAGUUAUACAGGAAGUGUUCCCUCUGAGGUUCAAGGCUCUUCAUUUUGUACAUGAACCUUCUAUAUUUGACUGGGUCUUCAGCCUCAUCAAGCCCUUCCUCUCAGAGACCAUAAAGGGACGGUUACAUUUCCAUGGAGAAGAUUUGGAGUCUCUUCACCAACACAUUCAAGCUGAGGAAUUACCAGAAGAGCUGGGAGGUACUCAGGGUCCUUUGGAUAAUACCUUCCUUUUAGAAAACUUGAAAAAACACGAGGAUUACUUUAAAGAACAUUUCAUCUAUGGUUUUGAGGCGUGUGAGGAACCUCCAAGGCAGGGAACCAUGAUGGAAGCAGUUACAGACAUGGGCAGUUUGAUCGGUAGCUACUACAGGAGAAUGUGCAUAGACUAGUGCUAGCAGCCCUGCACUAGUGACUUCUAGUGCAAUCAAGAAGACUAAUGUGACAGUGAUGGUAGUCUGUUCUGUGAUGAAAUUGUAAUUUGGUGUUCAUGUACCUAUUGAAGGUAGGAAAUAGCAUAGUUGUUGCAUGGUGGCCUUAGUAUUGUACUGGAGGUGAGUAAAUUAGUUUAUGUAUUCUCAGGGAAAAGUUAUUGCCUCAGUUUUAUAGGAGGAAAUAGUAAAGCCAUAGGAAAGGGUAAACUUUGUUGUACUUUAUUUGUAGAAAAACUCUUGUGAUAAUUGUUAAACUUUAUCCAAGAAGCAAGUGGCUGUUUUAUGAAUGUAAGUAAGGUACAUUGUUUUACAAUGUAAUGGGCAGACCCAAAUGUUAACAGUUUGAUCACAUGUAUGUACAAGUUACACCCCACGAUCUAAGCAAGUAUGUCUUGUAGGUGAUGCAUAUAGCUGGUGAAUCAUUUGCAAGUUUCUCCAUGGUCAGACUGAGGCAAUACCAUAUUGUCUGGGGUCACCACACUGCCUCCAUUGUCAAGGUCUUAGUGCAGAGCUGUAAGUUCUCUAACACUACUGUAGUGUGUGUAGGGACAGAGUGACCUCUUAUUGGGAGGAAAAUUGCCCGUGGCAAUCUUGUUAUCAUUGUAGGAAAUAACAGUUUAAUGAUGAAUAGGUAGAUAUAUUAAAAUUUAUAGACUAAAUGCUCAAUGAAUAGUCAAUGAAUUUACUAAUUUUUGACAUUACCAUUUGUUUAAAGUGUUAAGAAUGUCACAUAACAAAGGUACAAGUCAGUACAGUAUAUUGGAACAUUUAAUAUAACUUUGUAAAGAGUUUUCCUAAUUGAUUUAAAUUACAGUUGUCUUUUGGUCUCUACAGUUUUAUAAUUGCAAACAGGUAGUUGUCCUUCAAAUUGCUUUACAGUAUAACUGACAAAUAUUUCUUGUUGAACAUGUACCAGAAUGAGCAUAUUUUUUUAUGAUUUAAUUCUUAAAUACUGUAUACACUUAUUAUGUCAAUUCAGCUUUAACAUAGAAUGUGUGAUAAUAUAUUGUUCAAUUUUGAUAAUGGAGCGUUAAGUGUCAGUGUGGGCACAAUAUUGUACUGUACCCACAAUCCACGAGCUCAGGACUCAACUGUGGCCAUGACACUGUCUGUUUUGUGUUAUGGUGUAUUCCUUAACGGCCCAAAGCUUAAAUGCCCGGAAGAAUAGCACAAGUGAAAAAUUUAAAAAAAAAAAAAAAUAGAUUUAGGACAAGAUUAUAAAUUUUGUUUGUACAGAAUAUGCAAUUUGUCUCAUAUUUUCCUCUCUAUGACAUUUGUAAUGUUGUCGGGGUAAAAUAUGAUAGUAGAUUAAUAGUUUGGGAUGGAAACCCAUUUGUGAGAAUAAUAGUUUCAAACCUCAUUUAACAGCAAUAAUUUAUUUAGUUUUAAUAUUAUUUUUUUUUCAUGCAAGAAGACUUUAUGUCCAGCAGCAGAGAUACAGUAUAAUGAACACUUGUAUUGCCUUUUUGUAUUUAAGGUUCUAAAGGAUGUAUCAUAGUUAGUGUAUAUCUUGUGGUAAAAAGUUUAUGAAUAUUAGUGAUAGUAUCCACAGUUGGAAUGGUAGAGUAUUAUUAACAAUGUUGGAUUGUUAGAGUCCUUAUCAUGAAUGAAGGGAUGAUUACAAGAGAAUAAAGCUUCACUGUAUUAUCAGAGGAAUAGAUGAGGAAAUUAAGUGUAGCUAAUAUCAGGAAUUGUGAUACAAUCAGUUGAUGACUUACAGGGUGGGGGCACAGUAGUUAGUCAGAUAUAUUUAAUGUAUUUGAGGAGUCUGGGAUACGAAAGUGCUAUGCAAAUACGGGGGGUAGUUUCAUUUGACUAAAUAAGGCAGUAUAGUCAUCUCUGAUGACUGGAUUCUGAAGAAAGGUGGAAUGACAGGUCCUGAGCAUACAAAAAAAUAAAAUUAUCUUCAACUUUACCUCUAUUAUCUUCCAGUUGUGGAUAUUGUUACUUAUUUUCUUGUUUGAAAUCACUUUACUGAAACAAAUGAACAUCUUAAUUUUUGUAAUUUUAUAGUUAAAGUGAGGACAUUUAAUGUGACGGAAGAGAUCUACAGGGUAUGGUACUUGGGGUACCAAAUUAUAUAAACAUUGAUAAGUGCAUUAAUUAUUUAAAAGUAUGCAGUUUAUAUUUGCUGUGAAAGUGUACAGUAUGGUAUUUGUCAUGUAGCUGUUUAGAUAGAUGUAUUGAACAAUGAUCAAGGUGAAUUUUGAACAUUUACAUGGGCCACUGAAAAUCAUUUAUCGUGUUAGGAGGUCAUUUACAUAGUUCCCAUACCAUGACAAUACUCUUAUAUUGUGACAUAACAUGUCAAAGGUUGAUUUAAAAUUUAAAAAAAUAAACAGAUCCUAAAUGCAGUGAAAAGUUGUGGUAAGGUUCUGUUGAAAGAAGAGAAGUUUUAAAUUAUAGAUAUUCUUUUGGUAGAUACUGUACAGUAUAAUUAUGAAGAUUCAAAUUUAAUAGAAUAAAGUUUUGAAGCCAUGAAUAAUUAGAUGUCUAUUAAAAAUAUGCAAUCUGA